AUGCCAGCAACUUCCGACACAGCAUCAAGCCCACUCUCUCGCUUCGCUCAACCUACUCAAUCAUCAAGUCAGCCCGUACAAAGCAACACAGGACCCAACCUCACAUCAUCAACAUCGGAACCAUCUACCCAAAAUUCUCCUCCUUCAAGCCAAAAAAGAAAGAGCAAAAGAAAGUCAAAUCACCAACAGAGUUCUCAAUCAAGUCAGCCGAACAGCCAAAUUUUACAGAAUUCCCAAUCAUCAAGUCAGCCCGUACAAAGCAACACAAGAUCAGUAUCCAACUUAGCAUCACAAUCACAAUCAGAACCAUCUACACAAAGUUCUACUCCCACAACUAAGACAAAGAAGAGAAAAAACAACAAUCAAACUCCACAAAUCACUCCGAAGAAAAAGAAAAUCACAAAGGAAGAAUCUCAAACAAUUGCUAAUGUAUAUGCUUAUCAUUCUGGUGAUUGGACUAAAUUCUUUAGUGACAUAAGCUCUCUAGUAUCAAUAAAAUCGAUUUCCAUUUCAUUUCUUAAGAAAUUUAUAAACGCUCGCACAAAAAUGAAAUGA